CUAUCAGUUCGAGUUUUAUACCCGUGCAGAGCGAUUUUUCUGCUGAAACGGACUGUGCAUUACGAUAACAAAGUAACAUUUUAAGUUUUACCGGAUUUUAAAAAUAUUUUUAAAUUGAAUAGAAUGUUUAGUGAGUAUUUGUACUAUAUGUAAUAAUUGAUCAGUCGGGCUUGGCGUGAAUAAUUACAUGAAUGAAUCUCCUGCCGUCUUUUUUAUAAACUUUUAGUAUCCGUGAGCAUUAAACAAUUCAGAGCUUUAUAUUUUUUUGAAAUAAUUUUAUUCCUCAAACAUAGAAGAUAAUUAGACAGAAAGUUAUAAGAAUGACCGACAUUCAUUCAGUUCUUAUCACUGGUGCGUGGACUGGUAUUGGUCUUGAAUUUACGAGGCAAUUUUUGAAGAACCCUGAGGCGCAAGCACAGAUUGUAAUCGCCACCUGCCUCGUCCCGGAUGAAGCAGCGGACUUACUGGAGCUCCAGAAAAAUCAUUCGAACUUACACAUCUUGGAAUUAGACGUUACAAAAUACAACACUUUUGACAGAGUAGUCUCCAAAGUUAGCGAAAUCGUUGGUGAAAAAGGUUUGACGCUCCUGAUCAAUAAUGCAGGAGCAUACGGAAUAAUGGGUCGACUGGAGAAAAUCGAUCCUGAGGUCUACACCAAAAUUCUACAAGUCAACUGUGUUGCUCCGGUUAUGGUAACGAGGGCUUUCCUACCACUUCUGAAACAGUCAGCUGCUACGAACGCUUCCAAACACGACGAUGGAUUGAGUUUAACGAGAGCCGCAGUAAUAAACAUCAGCUCAAUAUUCGGAUCAAUUAAAGUGACAGGGACGAGCAAAACUUACGGAUCUAUACGCGCUUACGGCUACAAAGAAAGCAAGGCGGCGUUGAACAUGUCCACACAGAUGAUGAGUUCAGAACUCCGAGCUUAUGGGAUCUUGGUAGAGUCCAUACACCCCGGUUUCGUGCAGACUGACAUGACCACGAAAGGGCUGCCCGGGCUCAAGGCAGAACUAUCACCCGAAACCAGUGUUACCAACAUGCUGAAAGUUAUGUUGAGCAUGAAAGAGAAGAUCAAAGAUGGCUACUGCUCAUAUGAUGGAACGAUAUUGCCUUUUUAAAUUUAUGAAUAACUUGGCUUUAUGUUUUUCAACUUUUUUAGGAAAUUACUUGUCGGCAGUAAAACUACCAAACCACGUAUCUCGUUUGCGGCAUUUUAAAAUCUGUACUCCCAUUUUUUAAAAUUAUUAUUUAUUUAACACAUCAAAAUCAGUCCUUGAAGUUUUCACAGAAUUUUCCUCGUGCGGAGAAAAAAAACUAUACAGAAGUUUUGAAAAAUCGACGUCGAAUAACUUUCUAAUCAAGAAAUAUAAUAUAACAGAAAUUGCAAACCGAGAUACAUGGUUUGGGAGCUUUACCAUUGUCAUUUGUUAAUGUUGGCUAUAAUACCUCUUUCUCGAGAAUAUUGUUUAUUUCACGGAAAAGAAUACGGUUUUUAAGAUUGUGUGAUUGAGUAUUUUAAUAUAAAAAAUGCAAUAGUGUAUUUUCUUCGGAAAAUACACUAAAAAAAGAAUAAAUUCGACAGCAGCACCGUU